GCUCAAAGACACACCACCGGGAUCAACACGAGCGAGAGAGCUACCCAGCGACAAUGGCAAAGCUCACCGCCGCCCUGACGGUCCUCGUGCUGGUGGCCUGCGUGGGUCGUCCAUGCCAGGCAGGCUACGGUUAUCCCAACCCCAUGCCCUCGCCUAGUCCUUCCCCGUCGACUUCUCCACCGUACACCGCAACAGCACCUAGCCCUCCGCCGCCCGGCCCAGUCACUCCGUCUAGUCCUCCACCCUACACCGCAACCGCACCUAGCCCUCCGCCGCAGGCCCCGGUCACUCCAUCUAGUCCUCCACCGUAUAGCCCAAGCACAGCUAGCCCUCCUCCGCCCACUCCAAUUGCCCCGUCUAGCCCACCACCGGACACCCCCAGCACACCUAGUCCUCUGCCACCAACUCCGAGCACACCUCCAACGGGACUCGCAGUUGGUUACUACCAGAAGACAUGCUACCGCGCAGAGAACAUUGUGAGGGAAGCUGUGCGCGACGCCAGCAAGGGCAUCAUGGCGGGGCUCAUCCGUCUAUUCUUCCACGACUGCUUCGUCAGGGGUUGCGAUGCGUCUGUGUUGUUGGAUACGGCUGACCCUAACAGUGCGACCGAGAAAUUUGGUAUCCCGAACCUGAGUCUGCGCGGAUUUGAAGUGAUCGACGCGGCCAAGGCCAGGAUCGAGAAGGAGUGUGGCAAUGUCGUGUCUUGUGCCGACAUUGUGGCCUUCGCCGGGCGUGACGCCACCUACUUCCUUAGCAAUAAGAAGGUCUACUUCGACAUGCCUGCUGGCCGCUAUGAUGGACGUGACUCUUUCAUAAACGAGACAUUGUUCAACCUCCCCCCACCUUUCUCCACCGUCGAGCAGCUCAAGGCAGGGUUUGCCUCCAAGGGACUCAACACCGACGAGAUGGUUACCCUCUCUGGCGCACACACCAUCGGGAUUUCCCACUGCUCAUCCUUUUCUGACCGCCUCACCUCGAACUCCUCCGAUAUGAACCCCACUCUGAAAAGCACUCUGCAGGCAGAGUGCCGGUCAAACUCUGGCAGCGACAACACGGUCGUACAGGAUAAAAAGACCCCUGACAAUCUCGACAACAUGUAUUACAAGAAUGUUCUCAGCCAUGAGGUUCUCUUCACGUCAGAUGCUGCGCUCAUGAUGGCGACAGACACAAGCGACGCGGUUCGUGCCAACGCUAAGGAUACAAACCAGUGGGAGGAAAAGUUCAAGGUGGCCAUGGUGAGGAUGGGUGCUAUUGAAGUCAAGACAAUUGCCAACGGUGAGAUUAGAAGGAGCUGCCGGGUCGUCAAUGCUAACUAGACAGGCUGCUAAGAUUCAUGGCAAAUGUUUAUAUACUUGAGAUUUUGCACUUCCUCGUGUGCUUGUAAUUUUGAUUUCCCUUUGUUGUUUAUUUUAUUUUCCUUCUCUAAUGUUAUAUACAUUUUUCAUUGGAUUUUUAUUGUAACAAUCAGGUUUAAAACAUUUUUCAUAAUACUACUUGUAAACAAAUCGGGAAUGCUACAAGAUCUUUAAUUAUUGGAGGUC